UGCCCUUGUGUCUCACCAUUCCAUGAGCUUGGCUGGGAGCGGUGCUCAUCUCCGCUCUACCUUGUAUCUGUCUAUAAAUCACUCACCAUGCGGGAAGGGGCGCUCAGUCUGCUGCUUCACUUACACUGCCUGCUGGCAUUUGCUGCUGCUAUUUCCAGGCUAGAACUUUUCCCCUAUGGGGAGGACCGGGGAGAUCAACUUCUGCAGGAGGGAGACGAUGAGACCUCUGAAGUGGUGAAGCUCACAAAUCCGCUACUCUUCUAUGAAGCCCAGUUUAACCUUCUUUAUGUAGGGACCAAUGGUAUAAUCUCCACUCAGGACUUUCCCAGAGAAACCCAGUAUGUGGAUGAUGGGUUUCCAACAGACUUUCCUGUCAUAGCUCCAUUCUUAUCAGACAUUGACACAAGCAAUGGCAGAGGCAAAAUAUAUUAUCGUCAAGACAAUUCAGAGCAAAUUGUGAAUGAAGCAGCCAGGCAAAUCCAGAGAGGAUUCCCACAAGCUGCAUUUAUCCCUGAUAAUGUCUUCCUUGUCACUUGGGAGAACGUAGGUGCAUAUGAGGAAGUGACCCGAAACUCUCCAUCUUCCAAUAGGUUGAACACUUUCCAGGCUGUGAUAGCAUACGAUGAGUCAGAUGCCUAUGCUGUAUUCAUUUACCCUGAGGAUGGACUACAGUUUUUUGGAACACGCCCUAAAGAAUCUUACAAUGUCCACAUUGAACUUCCUGCUAGGGUUGGCUUCAGUAGAGGGGAAUCGGAGUCCCUAAAGAGGGAAGGCCUCUUUUACAGUUUAACCAACACUGAACAGUCUGUGAAGAACCUUUACCAGUCAAGUAAUGUUGGGGUACCAGGAGUUUGGGUUUUUCACAUCGGUAGCAUUUCCGAGCUAGAUAAUGUCAUACCAGCAAAGUUCCAUAAUUUCCCCACAAGUGAUCAUUCAGUAUUACAGGAAAACUAUCAUACUGGGUACCCGGAACAUAGAGAGGAAGACCUUGAGGAAACUCUUGAUUAUCCAGAGUUAUUUUAUGACAAUGAAGAUGAGUAUCCUCCAAAUGAGCCUGCAGAGUUGGCUCCAACCCAGUUUACAAAUCCUGCUCAAGAGGCUACAUUGCCAUAUGUGCCAUUUGACAGUCCAUUACCACCAUAUCAGGAACCAAGAUGGUCGCCAUUUGAAGCUGGUGAAUUGGAUAGAGAUGAAGAUGAAAGUCAAGUUGAACCUCAAGUGAAUCCGGAGACAAUUAGAGCCCAGUUUGAGGAGACUAUUAAUCUACCAGUGGCAUUAGAUAUUUUAGACUCGGAUAAUAAAACUGAUACUAACACCGAUAAUGAUGAUGAUGAUGAUUUCUCAGAGGAGGAGGUCGUUCAUCGUCGUCAUCAUGUGCCUGAAGAAGGUUACAGGAGUCCUGGGGAAAUUGGUCUUGAAGAUUAUGUGCUUUAUAACCCUGUGCGUAAAGAGACCUGUGAAAAAAAUCACGGCCAGUGUUCUCGUCAUGCCUUCUGUACGGACUACGCUGCUGGUUUCUGCUGCCAUUGUGAGGAGAAUUAUUACGGAAAUGGUGUAUAUUGUUUACCAAAAGGUGCACCACAUCGUGUAAAUGGCAAAGUGACUGGCAAUAUCAUUGUGGGACAAACACCUGUCGACUUUGCUAGUGUAGAUUUACACGCGUAUGUGGUAGUGAAUGAUGGCAGAGCUUAUACGGCAAUUAGUGCCAUUCCUGAGCCAGCAUCUUGGUCGUUAACACCUUUAACCCCCAUUGGAGGACUUUUUGGUUGGCUUUUCGCACUGGAAAAGCCUGGUCAUCAGAAUGGAUUCAGCAUUACAGGUGCAAAGUUUGUACAUAAUAUGGAAGUUGUCUUCUACCCAGGAGAGGAAAUAGUUUAUAUCACUCAAACUGCAGAUGGAUUUGAUUCUGAAAAUUAUAUCAAUUUGAAGACUACAAUUCAAGGCAAAAUACCAUUUAUCCCAGAGACAUCAACUGUUCAGGUUUCACCAUACAAUGAAAUAUAUCAUUAUUCUGGAUCAGUGGUGACAUCAACAGCCUACAGAGAAUAUACAGUAACAUCACAAUCUAAGGAUGAACAAAAACUUUCAUAUCGGUUACGGCAAAAUGUUACUUACCAUGAGUGUCUGUACUCGCAGCGGCUUCCACUAAGUGCCCAGAAACUCAAUGUUGAACGGGUGUUUGCUCUUUAUAAUAAGGAUGAAAAAGUGCUCCGAUAUGCCAUUACAAGCCAUAUUGGAUCGAUUCAUGAAACAAGUCAAGAGUCAACGUCAAACCCUUGCUAUGAUGGUACUCAUGCAUGUGACACAAGGGCUCAGUGCCAGCCAGCCACAGGACUCAACUACACAUGUGUGUGCGCAUCUGGCUACCAAGGAGAUGGCAGAGAAUGUACUGAUGUAAAUGAAUGUGACGUUGGACCAGCCAGAUGCGGCCAGAACGCUGUAUGCAGCAACCUUCCAGGGAGCUACAAGUGUGAGUGCAGGAGUGGCUACACGUUUGCUGCAGAUGGACACAACUGUUUAUUGGAAUCUCUACCAGUCAACCCAUGUGAAGAUGGCAGCCAUACUUGUAACAGAGAGUCAUCUCAUUGUGUUUCUCGUGGAGAUGGCGUUUUUACUUGUGAAUGCUUUGCUGGAUUUGUUAAAAGUGGAGAGAAUUGCAUAGAUGUUGAUGAAUGUGCAGAGCGCAGAUGUCAUCCAGAUGCCACUUGUACCAACACCCCAGGCGCAUUCUCUUGUCAUUGUAACAGUGGUUAUGAAGGAGAUGGGUUCCAGUGUAGACAGAUACAAAAUUCUCACCUCCAGAACACACCAUGCUUGGAGAAGCGCCGGAAUCUUCAUGGACAGUUUGGAGGUAUUCUUCCUCCAGGACUUUUUGUACCAGAUUGUGAUGACAAAGGCCAAUAUACCCCUCUACAGUGCCACGGCAGCACAGGCCACUGUUGGUGCGUUCACACAAAUGGGGAAGAAAUUGCUGGAACAAGGACUCCUCGAGGUGGUGCCCGUCCACAAUGUGAAGCAUUAGAUUCAAACCCCCAGAACACACCAUGCUUGGAGAAGCGCCGUAAUCUUCAUGGACAGUUUGGAGGUCUUCCUCCUCCAGGACUUUUUGUUCCAGAUUGUGAUGAGGAAGGCCACUAUACCCCUCUACAGUGCCACGGCAGCACUGGCUACUGUUGGUGCGUUCACAAAAAUGGUGAAGAAAUUGCUGGAACAAGGACUCCUCCUGGUGGGACCAGUCCACAAUGUGAAGUAUUAGAUUCAAACCCCCAGAACACAUCACCAUGCUUGGAGAAGCGCCGGAAUCUUCAUGGACAGUUUGGAGGUCUUCCUCCUCCAGGACUUUUUGUUCCAGAUUGUGAUGAGGAAGGCCACUAUACCCCUCUACAGUGCCAUGGCAGCACUGGCUACUGUUGGUGCGUUCACAAAAAUGGUGAAGAAAUUGCUGGAACAAGGACUCCUCCUGGUGGGACCAGUCCACAAUGUGAAGUAUUAGGACCUCUGAAGACCCCCUGCUUAGAGACCCGCAGGCAUUUACUUGGAGAGGCAGGACCAAGAGGCCCUCGUCCAGGACUUUUUGUACCAGAAUGUGAGGAUGAGGGCCACUACGCUCCCCUGCAGUGCCACGGCAGCACAGGGUACUGUUGGUGUGUUAACCAAAAUGGUGAAGAGAUUUCUGGUACAAGGACACCACCUGGUGGAACCCGUCCACGAUGUGGCAUUCCAGAACCCACUGAGAGGCCUCAGACUGUCUGUGAGAGAUGGAAACAGAGCCUUCUGGAGCAUUACAAGGGAAGACCCACAGAAGAGCAGUAUAUUCCUCAGUGUGAUAAAUAUGGGGACUUCAGCCCUCUGCAGUGUCACGGAAACAGUGGCUACUGCUGGUGCGUAAAUAAAGAUGGAAGAGAAAUUGAAGGCUCUAGAACGGAACCUGGAAUGACCCCAGCAUGCAUUCCUACAGUGGCACCUCCUACUGUUCUUCCCACACCACGCCCUGACGUAGCACUCAGUACAACUGGCACGUUCCUUUUGUAUGCGCAGGGGCAGCAGAUUGGAUAUUUGCCUCUAAAUGGCACAAAACUUCACAAGGCCAAAGCGAAGACUCUCCUAUCACUUCAUGGAUCUAUAGUUGUGGGGAUAGAUUACGACUGCCAGCAGAAGAUGGUUUACUGGUCAGAUGUCGCUGGUCGCACCAUAAACCGAGCAAGUUUAGAACCGGGAGCAGAGCCAGAAGUGAUCAUAAAUUCAGGGUUGCAAAGCACAGAAGGCCUUGCCAUUGACUACCUGCGUAGAACAAUAUUUUGGACUGAUAGUGGUCUUGAUAAAAUUGAGAGUUCUCGUCUGGAUGGCUCAGAGAGGAAGAUUCUGUUUGAUACAGAGCUGGUGAAUCCCCGCGCCAUCACUGUGGACGCUAUCAGAGGGAACCUUUACUGGACAGAUUGGAACAGAGAGGCACCUAAAAUUGAGACCUCUUUUGUAGAUGGAUCCAACAGGAGAAUUCUAGUUAACGAUAACAUUGGCUUACCCAACGGCUUAACGUUUGACCCAUUUUCUAAACAAAUCUGUUGGGCAGAUGCAGGAACAAAAAAGCUAGAAUGCAUUUUACCAAAUGGAACUGGAAGGCGUGUAAUACAAAGUAACCUUAAUUAUCCGUUCAGUGUUGUUGCAUAUGCACAUUACUUCUACCAUACAGACUGGAGGAGGGAUGGUGUAAUAUCAAUUAAUAAAGAAAAUGGACAAAUAGUAGAUGAAUAUCUUCCUGAACAGCGAUCCCAUCUCUACGGAAUAACAGCAGUUUAUCCUUAUUGUCCAACAGGGAAAAAGUAAAACAAAGAAAAUGCAGAAACUGAUAAAAGAAAAAUUCCAGGGAAAUUAAGAUCUUCCCAUGUCACUACUGACUGUAUUAAAAGGAUCAAAAAGAAAAUAAAGAAUAAAGAUGAAUACUACUACACAAUAUUCCAUUGCAAUAAAAAGACAUAAAAUAUAAUUUGUAAAGAUUUUUUACCUCAGUUUUUUUUUACUACUGUAUUUUUGAAGAAUUGUUUUUAUGUGUAAAAAAAUAGAAAUAAUCGUCCUUUGACUUAAAGGGACACUGUACCCAAAAAAUUUCUUUUGUGAUUCAGAUUGAGCAUGAAAUUUUAAGCAACUUUCUAAUUUACUCCUAUUAUCAAAUUUUCUUCAUUCUCUUGGUAUCUUUAUUUGAAAUGCAAGAAUGUAAGUUAAGAUGCCGGCCCAUUUUUGGUGAACAACCUGGGUUGUCUUUGCUGAUUGGUGGAUAAAUUCAUCCACCAAUAAAAAAAGUGCUGUCCAGAGUACUGAAACCAAAAAAAAGCUUAGAUGCCUUCUUUUUCAAAUAAUGAUAGCAAGAGAAUGAAUAAAAAUUGAUAAUAGGAGUAAAUUAGAAAGUUGCUUAAAAUUGCAUGCUCUUUCUGAAUUACAAAAGAAAAAAUAUGGGUUCAGUGUCCCUUUAAAAUCGGACAAUGUGGAUCUGAAAUCCAAACUGUUACAUCACAAAAGUGCUUUUAUUUUUAUCUGUAUAAUAUGACUUAGGAUACAAAAUGGAUAUGGUGCUUUAGUGUAGUGAUAUCCUUGAUAUCUAAUAUAUAUGUCUAAUAUUGAUGGGCAAUAAUACAGGAAAAUUAAUUUGAAUACAAUAUGUGAUCCGUAGCCAAACUAUAGAUAAAAGCUACUGAAAGUGCCAAUAAAAAAGUAAAUAUGCUACGUGGCUGUUGAUUUGUUUGAGGAGUUAGAUAUAUGUUUUUUUAAGAUAGGUUCUAGUAUUUUUACCCAUCAUUGUUACAUAUUAAUUUAAUUUUUUUUAACCUAUAACAUUUGUUUACUUUUUAAACUCAAUUUUUAAAUGUUGAUAUUUUUAUAUGUUUUUUUUUUUUUCUAAAACAACUAUUAUUAAAAAAAACAAAAAGGAAAUAAAACAAAACCUAUGUCAACUGUGAAAAUAAAUGUAUGUGGUUUUGAAACUGCCUUCCCUAUACCAAAACACUUUAUUAAUCAAAAGUUAUGUACUUUUCACUUUUAUAAAUUGUAAGAGCCUCAGUGCCGUGAAAUGCUUCACAGGUUAUUUCAAUAAAACUUUUUUUUUUUUCUUUAAAA